AAUGAGGCAGAGAACAAUCCGAAGAUGUAACGAGGGUAACCCAUCUCUGUCAAUCGAUCUGUGGUGUUUGAGGACUGAAGACGAAGAAGAAGACGAUGUGGUGGAAGUGCAAUGGCAAUGCGGUGACGGCGAUGGUGGUGAGGCACUUUUCGUCGCAGUCGAGGAAGCGCGCCCCCAAUUUGAGGAAGAUAAACCCUAGGGUUCCAUUCCAGGAAGCUGCACACAUUGCCGAAGGUCUGUACGGCGUUAUCAAGAGCCACGGCCCUGUCACCGUCGGAACCGCUUGGAAUCACGCCAAGGAUGUUGGGGUAAGUGGAUUGAGCAGCAAAACUCACAUGAAAUUGAUGCUCAAAUGGAUGAGGGGAAGAAAUAUGCUGAAACUGAUUUGCAAUCAAGUCGGCUCUAACAAGAAAUUUCUCCUCGCGACGCUCCCUGAAGAGCCCCGCCCGGACAACCCUGACCAAUCUCCCUCUGUGGACCAGAAUCCGAGGACCCAAAGACCUUAAAAAAAGUCGAGAUAGAAAUUCGUGAUUCUGAGGGUUGAAGAUACGAUUGUAGUGAUAAUUCUUGCGCGCCAUGUUUAUCUUUUGUUGCAUUGAAACCUGCUUUGCUUCUCUAAGCUUGUUUGUUUUCGAGCAGUAGAAUUUUUUAAAGUCGGAACCGUUGAGGAUGGAAGGUUAUGUUAGAGUUCAAGUGGUGAAAUUAAGAAUUGUUCACAUAUUCUUAAUCGUUUUCUUAGCAAGUCUAAUGUUCUAUGCAAGAAAUGUAUGGUAGUGUUCUUACACAAUAAUGUUCUUAGUUAAUGCAAGCCUUUGUGGUCACGAAAAGCUAUUUUGUUGGAUAUUUGAAACUCUGGGUAUCUAAACUUGAUACCAAGUUUAUAAAAUUUCUGCUUUAUAUAUGUUAGGUUCUGUUUUGAUGA